UUUUUUAAAUUAACUGUCUUCUUGAAUAUCUUUCUCGGACGGGCACUCAACACGAAGGACAGGCAUUCCAUGUCUGAAGAGAGGACCAUUUUUGGCUCAGCCAUGAAUAAUUGUGUGCUGCUGGAGGAAUUGCUGAUCAAAAAAUCCCAGCAGAAGAGAAGAACUUCACCCUCCAACUUUAAAGUGCGCUUCUUUGUCUUAACCAAAUCCAAGCUGGCUUACUAUGAACAUCGCCAUGGGAAAAAAAGGACUUUGAAGGGCUGUGUGGAACUUUCCAGGAUUAAAUGUGUGGAAAUUGUGAAAAGUGACAUCAUCAUUCCCUGUCAGUAUAAAUAUCCUUUCCAGAUCGUCCAUGAUAACUACGUACUCUACGUGUUUGCACCCAAUCGUGAAAGUCGGCAGAGAUGGGUCUUUACACUGAAGGAAGAAACCAGAAACAACAACAAUUUGGUUUCAAAGUGUCAUCCAGAUUUUUGGAUAGAUGGCAAGUGGAGAUGCUGUGCUCAGACAGAGAAGAUGGCACCUGGCUGUGUGGAGUAUGACCCCACCAAAAAUGCCUCAAAGAAGCCUCUUCCUCCCACUCCUGAGGAUAAUUGGAAAUUGUUGCUAGACCCAAGAGAAGCCUUAGUCAUAGCCAUAUACGACUAUGAAGCCCAGAAUCCACAGGAGCUGACGUUACAGUAUAACGAGGAAUAUUAUGUGAUUGACAGCUCUGAGGAACAUUGGUGGCUGAUUCAAGAUAAGAAUGGGCAUGAAGGCUAUGUGCCGAGUAGCUACCUGGCGGAAAAAUCACCUGAGAAUCUGCAAAUAUAUGAAUGGUACAAUAAGAACAUCAGCAGGAGCAAAGCCGAAACACUCCUCAAGGAUGAGGGUAGAGAAGGUGCCUUCAUGGUGAGAGACUCCAGGCAGCCUGGCAUGUACACAGUUUCUGUUUUCACCAAAGCAUUAAGCACGGAUAACAAUCCCGUUAUAAAGCAUUAUCACAUCAAUGAGACAACUGACUUUCCCAAGCGGUAUUACUUGGCAGAAAAGCAUGUGUUUGACUGCAUCCCUGACCUUAUCAACUAUCACCAGCACAACGCAGCAGGUCUUGUGACUCGUUUGCGGUAUGCAGUCUCUUCUUGGAGAAAAAAGGCUCCAAUCACUGCAGGGCCGAGCUACGGAAAAUUGGUCAUUAACGCCUCUGAGCUCACCCGUGUUCAGGAAAUUGGCAGUGGUCAGUUUGGGGUUGUCUACCUUGGUUACUUGCUGGAGAAGACAAAAGUAGCUAUAAAGACCAUUCGUGAAGGAGCAAUGUCUGAAGAGGAUUUCAUCGAGGAAGCUAAAGUCUUGAUGAAGCUGUCUCACCCCAAGCUGGUCCAGCUUUAUGGCGUGUGCUUUGAGAGCACUCCCAUAUGCCUGGUUUUUGAGUUCAUGGAGAACGGCUGCUUGUCUGACUACCUCAGGAGCCAGCGGGGCAGCUUUUCAAAGGAAACCCUGCUAGGGAUGUGCCAAGAUGUAUGUGAAGGAAUGGCUUAUCUGGAACAAAACUCUGUCAUCCACAGAGACCUGGCCGCUAGGAACUGCCUGGUGGGGGAAUCCCACGUGGUCAAAGUGUCUGACUUCGGGAUGUCAAGGAUUGUUCUUGACGAUCAGUAUACCAGCUCCACAGGUACCAAGUUUCCAGUCAAGUGGUCUGCUCCAGAGGUUUUCUCCUACAGCAACUAUAGCACCAAAUCUGAUGUUUGGUCAUUUGGAGUGCUGAUGUGGGAGGUCUUCAGUGAAGGUAAAAUCCCAUAUGAGAAUCGCACCAAUGGAGAAGUGGUAGAAGAAAUCAAUGCAGGAUUUCGGCUCUACAAACCCAAGCUGGCCUCCAAGGCAAUUUAUGAGGUCAUGAGCCACUGCUGGAGGAUGAGGAAAGAUGAACGGCCAUCCUUUUCUGCUCUUCUAUACCAGCUGAGUGAAAUCUCCGAGUUUGAUCUGUAGUCAUGGCACCAGCCACUAAGCAAGGCCAAAGGAGUCCUGAGAGGGCAGAUGGCUGAAUUUUCCCCUCACAAAGCAUUAACAUGAAUCCUCUCACCAUAAACACUUGCCACAUGUCUGGGUUCUAGAAGAGGGCAAAGGCUGCUGCAUCUAGACAGACAAGACAUCCCCAGGUCUUCCAGGGCCCAGAGAGACAUAGGCUGUGGUUUGGCCAAGAAUGUGGUUUGAAACUCACAAGCAGAUGCAACAAUUGAGCACUGAGUCCUAAACCAAACAAUCCAGCAAGUUUAUUGUUCCUGAAGAUAUAGCAUCAAAAAUAAGAGAUCUGACAUUGCUAUUCCAGUUCUGUGAACUCCCAAAUUAAGGUCUUCCCUGGGGAAAAUAACUCUUUCUUUAACCGAGGAGGAACAUUUAGACAUUUCCAUGGUGCUCUAAUUCAGAGUAGGCUGGACGUGAAAGCUUCGAACAAGAAUAAGCCUGGGAUACCCAGGAACAGGCUGAUUUAGUGACUGUAAUUCUGAUGCUGAUGUUUCAGGGUGGUUUUGUUCAUGUUUGCAUGGUUUUCUUUGAAACUGUGGCAUAACAGGAACAGGAUUCUGUUACCCAGUAAACUGAAGAGAUGUCUGCAUGUGCAUGUCUGUUUGUAAGCAAGGAAAAGCAACACAUUGAAGAGUCUUGAAAUCCUCUGAAAUUGCAUUGUAUAGUGAGAUGGACAAUGGGACUCUGGUGUAAGGAAGACAUUCUUGGAGGAAGGCAGUCAAAGCUGAAAGUUAGUAUUGGUUUUAGACUGUAUUCAGUCUUUCUACAUCAGAAGAGAAAUCCAUCUGGUUUCUUUGAAUGGAGUAUGGAGAACUGAGCAGUGCAGAGUGCUGUGUGUCUCCAGCCCAGGAAAAGACAUGAUCUCAGGACCUGAUUAUCUGUGAAAGGCACAGGUACCUACUCCUGAACUAGCAUGUUGGGAAAAAGAAGAGCCGGAGGGCUUGGAAGGGUAGCCACAAGGAGGAAACGUGCAAACUAUGUGGUCAGUGCACCAAUGACACUGAGAAGAGUUUUCUCCUACUUCAAAGUGUAACCAAAUCAUCACAAGUAAAGACUUUCCCAUCCCUUCCAUGAACAAACUGGUGAAUCCUCUGAGGACUGAUCAAAGCAAAUGUCCUAUGCGAAAGGACUGCCUGGGUACUAACUCCACGAGGAGUUCCACAUUACAUAGUGACAGCAGAAGAAGGUAUAAACAAUAUCCAUCUCCUGGCACUUCAGUGUCAAUCUACUUUUUCACUGAAAGAGAGACACUGCUUUGAUGUAACUGACCUCAAAAAGAAAGGUGUAGGGGCUAGUGUCCUGCAGAACAUGUAAAUAAGAUCAGGACUUUCUGCUUAGCAUUAACAAUAACUAGAGAAGUCAAGAGGACUCAGAUGAUAUGUGCAUAUAUGCAGUGGUUUUUGAUGCUUCUCUGUUUGGGCAGGUGAUAACAUGAGUAAACCAUACGUACAGCAGUUUACAAAAACUCUGAAGUGCAAAUUUCCAGCAGCAAUCUCUCCCAUCGUUACACAAGUCGAGUUCAAAUAUGUUUGCCAACAAAAAUGGAACAAGGAAAUACUGUAAUCCCAUGAUCUCACAUAUCCGGUGUCAAACUAUUUCUUCAUAGAAGGGGGCUUAAUGUUUUUGUAUUUUUCAGAGCCACGGUUCUAGGGUGGCUGUUAGGAGUCAGAAUAUCUUUUCAGGUCUGUGGAUACAGGCAAGGGCAUUAGUUUCCACCUUACACAUCUUCCCACUUUGCUUUGAUUCCACUUUAUUUUCUUUUCUUUACUCCUACAAAUACCAUGUAGAAUGACUGUCCCAGGCAAGGACAAUCCUAACAUUCAGACCGGAGGUUGUUAAUCCUAAAUGCAGGAUCAGAGUGCUACCUUCAAGUCAUGUCUGCUGGCAAAAUCUCCUGGUAGUCUGAACCAAUACGUAGAAUGUGACCACCUAUAAAUAGAUUUUGAACUUUUGCCUACAGUGACUUUAAGCUAGGGUCUUCUUUGCCCUCUCAUCCUUUAGUCUGAGAUAGCCUGCUGUCACAUUCUAGUGAUGCUAAACUGGGCAUUUAGCUAGUGCAGUUUUCAGUAGCCCUAAGGAAGUUAAAAUACACAUCUAGAGCUGACUUUGAGAACAGCUGGCCAUAACCCUAUCUUCUCCCCUUCUUGAUUGCACUUAGCCAAACCUACAACCACACAAUCCUCUGAAACUAUUCUUCCAUGAGCACAGACACUCUGUGGCAGGGGUAUCUGUAGGCUCACAAAGCUUCUGGCUUGUAGUUUCUCCAUCCUGGGAGGAACCAGGGGUCUGUUGAGCCUGAGGAGGUUGCUAUUAAGCAGCAGAAAUAUUGCUCCGCUAGAGAAUGUUUCUGAAAUUAUAUUUAUGUUUAGAUGAAAUAAGCAUAAUAUUUAUUAGCUAGACAGUGUUGCACAAAAUAUUAUUGUGAUGUUUUAUGUUCAAUUUUCUUUUGCAGUAUUUCUAUGUACACAAUACCUAUUUUCACUGAAAAUAAAAUUGCUGGGUCCCAACUGUGGCUUU